AUGAGGGAUGACCCACCAAUAUUUGUGUCACAUUUUUCCGAGCACGGACAUGUGCAGGCUGUGGAAUACCACUGUGGCUAUCAGUUUGAGGAUUGCACCGUGUUUGCCACCCAAAGCGAAAUUGAUCUGGCGGCAUCUGGAGUUAUUAUUAGGGUACAAAAGGUGUGCGGGUACCCCCUGUUGGUUUCCCUCACGAUGGAAUCUGCCGCAGCUGUUAGGCAUCAGCGCAUGGCAGAGGAGAUGGGAAAACUGUCAGGUCCUGUGCUGUUUGGCACUUCGCCCGGUCUCACAGCUUGGCUGCUCGGCUCCGAAUUUAAAGAGUCACUUCGAAGGUUUGUGCUUCUUCGUGGGGUUUCACACCCCUACUUUCUUCUUCAUGCCCGCAAACCGCCAAGCUCUUGCGACUAA